AUGUGGACUGGCCCACUGGCUGACCACACCUCUGGCAAAGGCCAUUUUCUGUACCUGAACGAGCCGAAUAGGAUAGCACGUCUCCGUUCGCCUACGAUCCAGUCAACAGACCCGCGCUGUAUCCAUCUGUUUUAUCAUAUGUUCGGAGAAGAGGUGGGGCAUCUCAGAAUAUACGCCCAGUCUCCCGAUGGCACCAAGGAAGAGGUAUGGAGGAGAAAGCGCAACCAGGGUCUUGGAUGGCAGAGGGCGUUUGGAAAGAUACAGCCUGGACUUUAUGAGGUUAUUAUAGAGGGACAUGGAGGAAGAGGCCCGCGCAGCACUAUAGCAAUAGAUGACGUGUAUAUUGACGUGUGUUCUAAUCUUGAACGGGACUGCAAGGUCAAAGCAUCCGGGCCUUACUACCAAGGUCACCGUGACUUCACCAGGUCUGGAAAGAAGUGUCAGCGUUGGGAUUCACCAUCUGUCCGUCAGUAUAAUAUGAGAGACGCAAGCAUGUUUCCGGACGAAAAGAUUCAAGAUGCUUCGAACUAUUGUCGUAAUCCGAGUCGUUAUUCAACAAGUCCAUGGUGCUUCACUGUAGAAAAGGAUGCUGUAUGCGAACCAUGUGAAGUACCGAUAUGUCCUUGCCGUGACCACGAGUUCCAGUGUGAUGUCUGCAUUAGCAAAAUUGAUAUGUGUGACGGAAAAAUGGACUGUAAAAACGGAGAAGAUGAGAAGCAAUGUGAAUUCAAAAACUGUGAUUUCGAGGAUGGAACGCCGUGUUCUUACCAUAUCACCCCUGGGGAGAAUGAUUAUACCUGGAAACUCAACUCAGGCUCGACACCUUCUUCAGAGACCGGGCCGUUUAUUGAUGCUACCAAACAAUCUCCAGAGGGCACUUAUAUAUACACAGAGUCUUCGAAGGGAGUGAUUGGUGAAAAAACUACCCUUCGCACCUCUCCCAAGAGGGGAAUCCGUAAUGCCAAAGCAUGCCUCCGCUUCAGUUACCACGCGUACGGCUCUAACCUAGGCGACCUGGCCAUCUACGUCCAAGAGGAAUCAAGGCCGAAGCGCAAACUUUGGGAAAUGCGCAGAUGGAAGAAAUUUCAUGCCCGCGCCGAAUUUUCCGAAGACCGAUGGAUUCCCUUUUCUGUGGAAUUUGAAGAAGCUCCUUCCUAUGUUAUUCUGUUUGAAGCAUCACGUGGUGAUGGUUUCCGUGGUGACCAAGCACUGGAUGAUAUCUCAAUUCGUGAAGGCAAAUGUGAUGUUCCAGAUUGUAAAUGGUACGAAUAUCGCUGCGACAACGGGUUAUGCAUCAAUAGAGUUUUCCUAUGUGACGACGAUAAUAACUGUCUUGAUGAGAGUGACGAGGGACAGCAGUGCUACGAAAAAGGAGGCGAAUGCAAGUUUGAAACCCCAAAGCUAUGUGGAUAUACAGUUAGACACGGAACUGCACAGUUUACUUGGGCUGCCUACACAUUUUCGCCAUAUCUUUUGGAUUGGCAAAAACCUGCCAACUUUUGGUACACAUACACCCAUGACAUCUCCUCUGGGUUUGCCGGUACGGGGCCAAAGUCGGAAGGAACUCAAGGUACCUUCAUGGCCGUUGAUAGCAAGAAUGGCACUGUGGGCGCUGAAAGUAUCCUUUCCUCACCAAUUAUCAACACAGACAAUGAAACGUGCCUGCACUUUAGCUACCACAUGAACGGACGCAACAUGGGAAAGCUUAGGGUGAUUCAAAAGUUUGCCAACAAAACAGAAGUCAACUUGGUGAUGCUGAUGGGCCACCAUGGAUUAGAUUGGCUGAAUCACUCUGCUUCACUUGCACCUGGGGAAUUUGAAGUCCAGUUCAUAGCGCGGCGAGGCGAUGGAAUAACUAGCAAUAUGGCCAUCGAUAACGUCAGGCUUGAACUUGAUCUUUGUCCAGAAGUUGCAAAUGAAAGCGGCGAGUGUGCCGACGGAAAUUACCAAGAAUACAAAGGCCAGAUGGCGACCACUUGGUUUGGUUCAGCAUGUAAGCCUUGGUAUGAGUCGCCCUCCCCUCGUCAUAUACACUUGAGUAAGAACUACUGCCGUGCUGACGAUGAACGUGACUUUGGGCCGUGGUGCUAUGCUUGGAAUGGUGCUUAUGGUGCCUACGGUGCCACUUGGGACUACUGCAGGAAUUUUUGUCCCGGUUAUUAUAUGUAUACUACAUCCCACAGAGGAGAACAGGGGAGUACCACGACCUUGUCUUCCCCUCUCUACGAUUUUCAAGGUAACACUAAUCAUUCCCUGGAAUUUUACCAUCACAUGAAGGGCAGUGACAUCGGAACCCUGGAGGUCUUCUUACUGACAGAUGGUUUCCUAGUGCAGCGGUUGGUGGAGGUCAAGGGGAAUCAAGGUCCUGAUUGGGUGAAAGCGGCAGUAGCAAUACCAAGUGUAACUGCCCACCGUUCACGUGUUGUGUUCAGAGGUACACGUGGGGAUGGCAUAAAGGGUGAUAUUGCCAUCGAUGAUGUUAGCUUAAACCAGGUGGAGUUCAAUGCACAAGACGUGUCGGUUUAUGGAUGCAUACGUACACGUGUGGGAUCGGAAUACAGCGGGACAGUUUCUUGGACGAAAAGUGGGAAAGCCUGCAUGCCGUGGAGGUCGGACAGCGUCGUACAGCAAUUAAAGAAGCUGAGAGAGUUUGCCGUCUUCCCCGACGGUACGUUGAUACAGGCAAAUAAUUUCUGUCGCAACCCUGACCUGAGAAAAGAUGGACCUUGGUGUUUUACAUCCGACAUGGACACAAGAGGGGAGAGAUGCGAUGUCCCUUUCUGCGAUUGUACUGAAGGUCAAUUUCAAUGCACAAACGGCAUGUGUGUUGACAGUCACUUAUUAUGCAAUGGGGUUGAUAACUGUGGCGACAGGAGUGACGAAGAAACCCCUUGUAAUUUUUCUGUGGGGUGUGGAUUUGAGGAUUCGUACAGCUGUGGGUACUCAGUAAGGAAAGCAGGAAGUGGCUUCACUUGGACAAGAACAGAAAAUCAUCUACCGAGCCUGCAUACGAACCCUAAUCUUACGUGUAAGAGUUCAGGAUCAGUCAUGAUCGCUGACGCCUGUGGGUUUGCCAAUGGAGUUGCGGAAUUGGUGUCACCCCCUAUCAACAUUUCCAUGCCACAUUGUCUACACUUUUGUUACUACAUAGAUGGGUUGGGAACAUCAAAGCUCAACGUUCUCAAGGAAAGAGCAUCAACAAAUUCGGGGAAGAAGCAUGGUGUUAUUCGUAAAAACUUGUUCUUCAGCACCGGGGAGCCGGUAAAUCAAUGGCUCAGAGAUGUCGUCCAGUUACCAGCUGGACAGUACAACGUCAUAUUCCAAGCUCAUCUUCUUAAAGAUAGCAUAAGUCAAAAUAGAAAAAUCUUAAAGAGUUGCCCCGGAACACUGGCAGUGGAUGAGGUGGCAAUUGUGCCUGGAAUAUGUAAAGAUCAGUUCAAAUGUCCAGAUCUCCCACCGUGUAGUGAUGAAGCACAAUUUGAAUGCCUGCAAGACCGCCAUGGCUCCAAUUACAUAGGACAUAAGAAUGUGACUCUUGACGGUUAUGAUUGUCAGCGCUGGGACAUGCAGUCUCCACACAAGCACCAGUUUAAGAGCCCGAGUGAUUUCCCAGAUGCCUCGGUACCGGAAGCCUCAAACUUCUGUAGGAACCCGGAUGCGAACCCAGCUGGUCCAUGGUGCUAUACAACUGACAGAACCAUAGCUUGGCAAUCGUGUGAUAUCCCCAUCUGUGCCGCGUGCGGGGAAGAGUUUCAAUGUAAAAGUGGCCAAUGUCGUUCAGUGGCAUUAAAAUGUGACGGCGACCCUAACUGCGGGGACUGGUCUGAUGAACAUGACAGUAAUUGUCCGACAGAAUCAACGUUAAUGGGACCCGGUGCCACGUACACCGGCACAUUGAACAUCACAGAAAGUGGGAAACCUUGCAUGAAUUGGGCCCAGCAGAUAGCGCGACGUGACAACAUGAUAAAGUUUGGUUUAGAUGUGACAGAUUUUCCCGACAAGAGCAUAGAAGAUGCCAAAAACUAUUGUAGAAACCCGAACCAGGAUCCCAAAGGACCAUGGUGCAUUACCUCAAAGAGAUGGGAUAUAGACUACUGCGAUAUCCCCCGAUCUUGUACAUCGACUGAGUUCGAAUGCGACAACGAGGUAUGCGUUCAUAAAGAAACUCUGUGUGAUGGAGAAAAUGACUGCGGCGACUUUAGUGAUGAAACGAAACCAUGCACAGAUCAAAUGUCGGCCACGUGUAACUUCUUAACCAAGUACAACUGUGGUUACCGGGUUUCCCCUGUUGGCCGCUCAUUGUAUAAAUGGGUACCUGAGUAUAUUACUGAAGCAGAUAAAUAUGAACGCUUCAUGGGUGUGGAUGUCCAAAAUGGCGUACGGUACAAAUCGAGAACUUCUCUCAUUUCGCCUCCAGUUCGAAUCCCAACCACCGACUUUGCCUGCGUAAAAUUUGUGUUCAAGAUCUCAGAUUUCGACGCUGUUGUUUUAAAGCUACAUGCACAGUACAAGACCGACAGACGACGCCAGAUAUGGGAAUCGUUCAACAAAACAGGGGAGGAGUGGAAAACGGUUUAUACAAUGAUAAAACAUGAGGGGCAAGAAUUCCGACUUGUAUUUGAAAGUAUUGCUGGAUUGAACAAUAAAGGUCCAGCUAUUGAUAGCGUUGAAGUAAAUCCUGGAUAUUGCGAUGUGGGAAAAAUCGAAAAUGCCUACAAUUAUAAGACAGAGGCACGCCCGUUUUACUGUGAAAAUGGUUAUGUUAUUGAUGAGGACAAAAAAUGCGACGGUUAUAACGAUUGUAUGGAUUUUACAGACGAGCUAAAUGGAUGUGUUUGUAACGGAUCGGAUGUGUUCCAAUGCACAACUGGCCUAUGCAUUGCCAAGAGUUUAGUAUGCAACGAGAUUGAUGACUGCGGAGAUGGAUCAGAUGAAGCGGGAUGCGACGAACUCAGGCAGUUUUUUAAUAAUACCUGCAACGACAAAAAUGGGGUGGACAUUUUGAGACCAACUCUAGCGAUAGACAGUGGUUCUUCCCGGGAGAAUAACGUUACCUCCGAGAACCCUGGGAUAGGGCACAAAAGAGUAGAAUUAACACCGUUCCUAUUCAAAGCUGCACACCAAUUUGAAGACCUAAUUCACAGAUGCUUUUGGGAUGGACAGCCUUGUGAAAAAGACAGUUUCAAGCCGGUCCUAACUGAUUAUGGAGUGUGUUAUAGUUUUAAUGGAGCCACCGCUGAUGAGAAAGUAAAAGUGUCUGAAAGAGCAGGUUCAAGAUUCGGCUUGAGCUUGAUACUUAACAUAGAGCAGUAUGAGUACAUGUUAGGGCCAAAUAAGGAUGCUGGAGUGAAGGUAUUCCUGCACCCUCAGGAUGAGAUCCCACAGGUCCGCGAACUAGGGUUCACCGUGGCUCCUGGAAUGCACGCGCUGGUGGCCGUGAAGAAGACAUCCACUAAGAGUCUUAAGAAACCUCAUGGCACCUGUGGAAUCAUGCCGCUUGAUUACUAUCAACAAUAUACCACGGGAAGAUGUUUGUUGGAACAUGAAACGAAGCGACUGGUACAAGCCUGCGGCUGUCGAGAUGCCUAUAUGCUAGGGGAAGGCAAAGGGAAAGAUGACCCGCCUGUUUGUGACACUGUUAAAUAUAUUGAUUGUGUUUUGCCACUUUUGAAGCAACGUAACGACAAACAGGCUCAGUGUAUCCAGCCUUGCAACACCACGUUCUACGAACCUGUAAUAUCUUAUGCAACGAUUUCCGACAUCAACGUCGACCGUGUACUCCGUGGAAACAUUUCUGUUCUCAAUGAAACAUUCUUAAACGCCAGAGAGGGAGCACACCGCGUUGACCCCGAGCGAUUCACCAUAGUUUACGAAUUGUUGCACGAGCUGAACAAAAGUUAUACCAAAUUCCUAAGUGUGCUUAGCGAUAUAUUAGAAGUACGCAUCGGCCACAAGUAUGUUACGCAAAGGAUCGAAAAUUCAAAAAGGAAUCUCAUUGAUAUGUAUAGGAAAGACGCCCGAUCGAUUACUGGAUUUGUAUCGCCAUACCGAGUUUGGUACGUCGUCAAGGUUCACCCCUUUGUUCUGAGGCUAACAGAAGUUCUGGGCCAAUUGCCAGGUAACUUAUUUAUAUUAUUGGAUGGUUCAAACGCCUUCUCUAACGACAUACGAUCGAAGGCAAAAUUGGAAGUUCAGAAUUUCUACAAUCUUUACAACGAAAGCAUGUCUGAGUUUCUUGAACUCAGUGCCGAGAAGAACGCAAGAUACUUGCCCGACUUUUUCUUCGGUUCUGACACCAUUCCGUGCGCGCAAUCAAGGGUAUAUGUUGAGGAAAAUUGUAAAUAUGCACUAGGCCAUUCAAACAAAUCGAAUAUUAACAUUGUUUUGGACAUGACAAAUCUUGUCAGUGAGAUCGAACAGUUCGGGCGUUGUCUUAAUCUGUACAAUUCCACGCUAAGCGCUUUAUCUUCUUUGGAGGCAGUAACAUCCAAUUCAUAUUCGGGUGCGAAAUUGACAAGUGACGAACAUAUCGAGUCUCUCCUUAAAGUUUCAAAUGCCAGGGCACAUACUGACAUGAUGCUGGAAUACAACCUGAUGGGAGAGAUGACCAAAACUGAAAUAGCCGCAAUGUCCAACCCUAAGAUCGCAGGGGCAAGGGAGAGUAUCAACAAAAUUUAUGACGUUGCAAAAGGGCUGGAGGAACGAAAAUCGAAACAACUUAAUGAUCUUCAAGAAGAAGUGGCACAGUCUUACAAAAACAUUGCUAAGAAGUGUCAGCAGUUUGAUACGUUUUUCUCUGAUACCGGAAGAAAAGGGCCGUGCUUAGGACAGUUGUGGGCAAUGGAGAUUUGGAAGCGGUACGUUCCGGACAUCACUCUGUUUGGUCAAAGCAACACGUCAAGCGCCCCGCCAACAGAACAAUUGAUCGAUGUAGAUAGCUAUCUUCAGGAACACGUUGAAGCUUACUUAGAACCAGUUUGGACAAUGUCCAACAAACUAGGUGCCGAUCUCAGCGACCACCAUGGGCUCUUAUUGGAAUAUUUUACUAAGAUUCAGACGCGACUGCAAAGGUAUUUAAAGGGGAAUUCACUGGACGCAAAAUUUGUGGCGAAUAAUUUCCUCAGCCUCGACGUCUAUUUUGCCCAGCUAAGCUACCAAAGGAUCGAGCAAAUGCGAGACAUAAACGAAGGAUCAUUACUUAGUGAAAUUGGUGGAUUAAUGGGUCUUCUUUUGGGCGCCAGCGUCAUCACAAUAUUUGAACUUUUGGAUAUGAUUAUCUAUAACUUUAUCCUAAAACGAACAGCCAAAGUGGAUCGCAGAAACAGCCAGCACCCGGAGGAGCUUGAAAUGAGAGAAAAUUUUGUUAAAGAUACAGUCGAAACUUCGGUUGCCUAAUGACGCCUUUGGAUAGCCCAAACACAAAGGCUGUUCCUACUACGAACACGGACCACGAGCGCUUGGGAUGCAUGAAAAGAAAUAAAUCAGGCUUACAUUGAGUGAAAACCACAGAGUACGAGGGAGUAUGCAAAUUAUGAUAUAUAUAUAUACACACACACACACACACACACACACACACAGGAAAGAGAGUCAGUUACAUCCAGUCAGAAAUUUCAUUUAUUUUGUUUUUGGUACUAUUUUUAAUGAACCCAUCAUAACUUGAGUUGAACAGAAGGAAAAAAGUAUGUUCCUAUUAUGUUUUUUGCAAGUAAGGUCAAGGACUUACGCCUGCAAGAUGGAGUUCACAAGGUUCCGGUAUUUCAUCAUAAGGGAACGCAGUGUAUUUGUCAUGUGAUUGAUAGUUAUUGAUUUCAUUGGGUUUCCUUUGCCGGGAGAAAGUGACGGUAUAUGAUGUGAUUGUGUAAAGUUUUAAGGCACAGCUAGUAAAUUAUAAGGUACUUACACAGUGGCAGACUUAGGGGGUGCAGUGAGCACGCCCCACUUUUAUUUACCUUGUGACCCCCCCUCCCCCCCAAAAAAGGAACGACCUUUGUGUCCUACAUACAGUUCAUGUAGUAAAAUGGACAUUGUAUACUAUUUAUCUUUGUCCACCCUCUCAUACACUCUCUAUAAAAGCCCGUGUAUCUGCCAGUGUGCUCGUAUGUUAGAAUUGUAUGGUUAAUAAGGAUGUAGUUCUGUACCUGUAUUAAGCACCUUUGUUCUGCUACUUUUGUUUCUAUCGGGUUUUCCUUGCCACGGAUAAGUUUUAUGCAGGAAGGUACAGGUACGAAACGUGUCAACUUUCGUUCAUAUCACAUAAGUGCAGCGCAGCUAACGUAUAUACUUGCUAAUGCGUAACUCAUUUUAAAAAAUACGUGUACGUUUUUAAUUAUGUACGUUUUCAAUUGUACGUGAGCUUGAGUCAUUUUUGAUCAUCAUUUUUAUUUUUAUAUGGACUUAUAACCAACCAAACUUAUUUUCGUCUUGUGAAUAUGAUGUCCGUUCAUUGCAUGGUUGCGUAAAUUUUAUAAAUUUUUCAACAUUCUAUAUCGAUUUUAUUGCUUAGUGUUGAGUGUUUUUAUCUUAUAAAAAGUCAACUAGGCGUUGUUUUGAGAUACUGGUAUUUUGUGUUAGAUAAUCUUGACGUUUUGAAAUAAUGUUUGUUUAAGAUGGACUUGAUGUUUUUGAAAUAUUUUUGAUGUUUUGAAAAAAAAUUUCUCGGGUUUAUAUAAACGCACACGGCUUCUUAAAGUACAUUGAUUUCGAUUUAUUAGCAAUCAGAGACCCAUAGUAUCUGCCCCUAGGUAUCUGCUACAGCUGCUGCAGCGACAAAGUACUGCUUAUUUCAAUAUACUUACUGCAUAAAUACUGAUUUGCGAAAAAUGCACCCUCGUCCCUGGAUUAUGGGAUACGUACGAGAAACGCCAUCGAUACUUGUUCUGUAAAAUGUGCUGCUCACCUUUUUCUAAGACGCAGUAGGCCAGUGCUCCGAGGUAAAAAUUCUCCAUUGUUGCCGACACCAGUUUACAAGAGACUGCAUGAAAUGUAUAUUUAGCAGACUUGAUUACAUGCCGCUUUGUAUUUUAGGCGCGAAGGCGUUUGAACUCGACUCGCCAGUGUUGGUUUCCCCUAUGCCAAAAACAAAGUUCAAGUUUUCGAUAAAGAUGUGCUGAACAGUCUUGCAGAAGAAGUACAGGUCCCACUGUACAUACCAACCUUACCUUAUAAGCAUAAAACUACAUGUACGUGCCCACAUUAAUAAAUAACCCAGUAUGCACAUCACUUCGCGGUGAACAAUCGUACGCUUUAAUGAUGCUGAUAGAAAGGCACCUGGUCUAUCUGAAAAUUGAUUCUGUUUUGGUCGAACUGUUACAUUUGAAGCACGAGGUUCUUAUUAAGCAACCGUGUCUCGUCAAUUUAAAACCUUCUUUUACCUCAAAAUUUUCAAUUGCAUAUGAUAAUUCUUCAUGGAAAGGAAGUGGUUAUAAUACAUUUCAGUUGUAGGACAUUUGGCUCGUACAAUAUACAAAAAAAAACAAAGCAGAAUUUCUGUGCACACUAUAAUGAAAGGUUACACCCAGAUAUGGCACAGUAGUACGAAACUUGGAAUAAAUUACAUGGUAAAAGAUCAAAUUUGAAGAAAAAAAACGCCAUACUGCCUAUCAUUGAUUUGUGUAAAUAUUUUCGAAGUCCAAUGAUUUAAUCACGUUAACAAGCUGCAGCAAUGUGAAAGAUACCAGAAAUCACCAUAGCCACAGUGUGUAUUUUACAAUAGAGGAGUUAACAGUAUAAAUGACAUUUAUGCUAUGCUUCGUAUAAAUUUUUCAAUGAACUGGGUCAAUUUGUGAACUUAAAAUUUUGAAUACGACGAACAGUGUAUUUUAAUUAGUAGUCUUUAGAUAUCCAUUUUAACUUGUAAAUUGUAUCAUAAAUCUUACUUAAUUUACCACUAUCUUUUUUCAUAUUUGCAUCCAGUAUUGUUGUGUGUAUAUAUUUAUAUAUAUUAUUGAUUGAACGAUAAACCCUCAUUGUUGUUUCAAAAUUCUGAAUAUGUGCCCAUUUUAAUCAGUGUAUGUUUAAUUUUGUGAUAUGAACUCAGCAGAGGAUCAGCUUACUUUCUACUGGUUUGUACGCACCUCGCAUCGACUAUUCUGAAUAAAGUGAAAAUUGGAGUCGAUUUAAGUAAAUGACGUUCAAACUUUGUGUAAUAUUUGUUUUUACCCUGCAGUUUUGUUUUUCUAAUAGUUAUUGAUAUUGGAGGUUCUAUAGUACACCAUAGCACAAAAAAUCAGACAAGUGAAAAUUAGGCAAAACAAAUAGAAAAUGUAUUCGCGAAUGUUCACUUUUUGGUGGCGUGUGCCAUUAUCUUACAUAGCACAAAAGUACGAACACUAAUUUUCACUAGCUACUCUAGUGAAAAGUCAGUAGAAGCCAGUUUAGAAAGGGAAGAAGCUUAAGCCUGUCAUUUUGAGCCGGUCUCAUAACCCUAUCGUAUUAGCCGGAUCGAUCUAUCUCCUCGGAAAUUCUCGUUAAAUUGCAUUCAGUUUAAGCGGGUUAAAUGUAUAUUGACACCCCUCGUAACUUAAAUUACUUAAGUAAAUUUGGGUAAACUUUGUGGUCCAUGAUGUUGUUCAUGUUGUUUUG